AUGUGCUUCAUGAUGAGCGUGUCCUGGCUGCUGCUGCUGCUGGUUCUCAGCGUGGGAGCUGCGGUCCACAAAGCAGAGGUUUCCCUGGAGGACCAAGGCUCUCGCCUGCGAGGCCUCUGGAAGCUGCACAUGAGGGACGGCCUGCAGAAGGGGAAAGCUUCUGAUCCUCCUCCAAUCGGAGAAGAGGUCAAACAACAGUUGCUCUACUGCCGCGUCGGGAUUGGCUACCAUCUCCAGAUCCUUCCCAGUGGCUCUGUAGGAGGCGUCCACAAACCCACUGAGCACUGUUGGCUGAAGGUGUUUGCUAUGAAACACGGAGUGGUGGGAAUCAGAGGAGUCAAGAGUGCCUUGUACCUGUGUAUGAAUGGUGAAGGACUGGCCUAUGCAACGGAGCAGUUUUCUGACGACUGCCUGUUGAAGGAGCACCUGGAAGAGAAUCACUACACCACCUACUCCUCUCUGUCUCACCCCGGCUUCUAUCUGGCUCUCUCCCACAAGGGAGUGCUCAGGAAGGGCUCCAGUGUGGGCCGCCACCAGGCCUGCACCCACUUCCUCCCUCGGAGAAAGUCGUGA